AGCUGUCUGUAUCUUUUUAGCCGUUUGUGGAUUGGACAAAGCUAAACUUACGGAACGAAGCAGUAUUUUUCGUUAAAAAUAAAAAAUAAAAUCCAAACCAAAUAAAUCUUUACGACUUAGCAAUAAACAUAAAGCUUGGCAAUUUGACAUACAUUGCUUAAUGCAAUUUAUUUAAAUUUUGGUGACCUAAACAAUGGAUUCAUGUCUUGGUGUCGAACAAGAUUUGGACAAAGCUACGUCAAAAUUCACUGCUCUCAAUGAACAUACAAACAAAAUUUUAGAAGAAGUAAUCAAUCAGGUUGAAGAACUAAGAAAAGAAAUAUCUCAGCAACCUCCCAACACUCCUUUAUCACAGAGUCAAACAAAAGUUGUAAAUGAUCUGGCAUCAUCAGUCAAACAAUCAGUGUUUCAACUUUCUACAGAUCAUCGUGAGUUACAUGCCACAGUAUCCCGAGUGGGCAAGUCAAUCGACAGGCACUUCAUAGCUGACUAUGCAGCCGUGGCUCCCAAGGCUGAGUCCUUCUGUUCUGAUACCAACAGACCCAUCAUGGAGCAGGCUAUAGCACAACAUCUGUAUAGACAGGAUCUGGAGGACGUGGGCGACUCGCUGGUGGGCGAGGCGCGCGUGGGUGUGUCGGAGCGCGGCAGCACGUUCGCGCAGCUGCAGCGCUGCGCCGCCGCGCUGGCGCUGGCCGACCCCGCGCCCGCGCUGGCCUGGGCCGCCGCGCGCGCCCACGACCUCGCGCACUCGCCGCUGCUCUUCACGCUGCACCGCAUGCAGAUGAUGAAGUUGGCGCGCGAGGAGGGCAUAUCGGCCGCCAUCGCGUACGCGCGCGCGCACCUGGCGCCGCACGUGGCGCGGCACGAGCGCGCGCUGCGGGCCUGCAUGGGCGUGCUGGUGUGGUGCACGCGCGCCGCGCCGCCCGCGCCGCCGCCGCCCGACUACGCGCACCUGCUCGACCUCAGGGCGCUGGGCGCGGAGGCGGGCGAGCAGUUCCUGCGCGAGGCGUGCUCGCUGCUGCGGCUGGCGCCGCACUCGCCGCUGGCGGGCGCCGUGCUGGCGGGCGCGCGCGUGCUGCCGGCGCUGCACGACAUCCGCGCCAAGAUGUCGCACCCGCACGUGCUCGCCGCCUGGGCCGACGACGAGCUGCCGCUGGAGGUGGAGUUGGGCGAGGAGGGGGGCGGCUACCACUCCGUGUUCGCGUGCCCCAUCCUGCGCCAGCAGGCGUCGGACCACAACCCGCCCAUGCGCCUGCUCUGCGGGCACGUCAUCUCGCGGGACGCGCUCAACAAGCUCGCCGCGGGGCUCAAAUUGAAGUGCCCCUACUGCCCCAUGGAGCAGUCUCCGUCAGAAGCUCGCCAGAUAUACUUCUCGUAAACACAACGUUCGACAGAUUUAUGGAAUAUUAUAAUUAAGUUUAACAUACAAUAUAAAUUUAAAAUUGAA